AUGCGGGCUUCCCAUGACCCCAGCAUCGCAGCGGGCGACGGCGAUGGCGAGAAGCAACACCGCACGAGAACAGCCGACUCGGCAUCCAGCGAUGUAGAAAGCAGCGAUCCACCGAAGAAGAAGAAAUGGUAUCGCCGCUUCACCCUCAAUCCCCUGCGAUUGCAAAAGAUCCCUCCCGUUCCUGAGGAACGCACUGUUUCCCGCGAAUAUGGCGCUUCGUUCCUCAGCCAGCUCAUUUUCCAGUGGAUGUCACCGUUGAUGAAGGUCGGCUAUCUCCGAACUCUCGAGCUGCAAGACAUCUGGACCGUGAACCCCAAUCGCCGGGCCGAGCUACUUUCCAAACGCUUGGACGAUGCCCUGGACCGGAGGACAACCGCUGGGUCGAAGCGCCCACUGCUCUGGGCCCUGUACGACACCUUCCGCUUCGAGUUCAUCCUUGGCGGUGUUUGCCGUCUGCUCGCCUCGUUGUUGGUAGUCUUCACCCCGUAUCUCACUCGCUAUCUGAUUGAAUUCGCGACCGACGCGUAUGUCGCCCAACAUUCCGGACACCCCGCCCCGCAUAUCGGCCGCGGCAUCGGCUUCGUCGUUGGUAUCACCGUCAUGCAAGCCCUGCAGAAUAUCACUACCAGCCAUUUUCUGUAUCACGGCCAGAUGGUCGGGGGUCAGAUACGCACCGUCCUCAUUCUCCAGAUCUUCAAUAAGGCUAUGAGAAUCUCAGGUCGGGCCAAGGCUGGCAGUGCUCAGUCGCCGGAGGAACUAGAGACAGUCAAGCAGCUGACUGCCGCCAAAGAUCAAGCGCUGAAACAACCUGGCCCACGGCCAACUGAUGGAAAGGGAUGGGGAAACGGUCGCAUCGUUUCCCUGAUGAGUAUCGAUGUCGAUCGCAUUAACCUGGCUUGCGGAAUGUUCCACAUGAUUUGGACGGCCCCGAUCUCUAUCAUCAUCACCCUUGUCCUGCUCCUGGUCAAUCUUGGCUACAGCUCUCUAGCAGGAUAUGCCCUGAUAGUCAUUGGAAUCCCACUUCUCACCUACGCCGCGCGCUUCCUGUUCAAGCUACGCGGGGGCAUUAACAAGCUGACCGACCAGCGUGUCUCUUUAACGCAGGAAAUCCUGCAGGGCGUGCGGUUCGUCAAGUUCUUUGGUUGGGAGAGCAGCUUCCUGGAUCGCCUAAAGCAGAUUCGCCGACGGGAGAUCCGGUCUGUCCAAACCUUGCUAGCAGUGCGAAACGGUAUGUUGUGUAUUUCCAUGGCGAUCCCUGUCUUUGCGUCCAUGCUGGCAUUCAUCACCUAUGCUUUGUCGAACCAUACCCUGGAUCCCGCCCCGAUCUUUUCGUCUUUGGCCCUAUUCAACUCGCUCCGAUUACCACUCAAUCUGCUUCCUCUGGUUAUUGGCCAGGUCACCGAUGCUUGGACAGCCCUGAACCGCAUUCAGGAGUUCAUCGCGGCGGAAGAGCAGCAGGAUGAUAUUCAGCGGGAUGAGAACAUGUCCGAAGCUAUCAAAAUGGAUGGUGCGUCUUUCACCUGGGAACGCAUGGCCGCAGAUAAGGAAGCCGAUCAGGCAGAAAAGAAGGCCGGUCUCGAGAAACGAAAGCAAGAACCCACUGAGAAACCCACAGGGGAGUCGGGGGAGCCAUUCCAACUACGCGAACUAACUAUGGAUAUACAACGAGACGAGCUUAUCGCUGUAAUUGGCACUGUUGGCUCUGGAAAGAGCUCUCUGUUGUCUGCCUUGGCCGGCGACAUGCGUCUAACUGAUGGCACUGCUCAUUUGAGCACGUCGCGUGCAUUUUGUCCUCAGUACACCUGGGUCCAAAAUGCACCCCUUCGAAGUAAUAUCCUGUUCGGUCGAGACUAUAAGAAGGAGUGGUACGAUCAGGUUAUCGAGGCCUGCGCCUUGGAGCCCGACCUCGAAAUCCUGCCCAACGGCGAUAUGACCGAGAUUGGAGAGCGCGGAAUUACAAUCUCUGGAGGACAGAAACAGCGGCUGAAUAUCGCCCGCGCCAUCUACUUCAAUGCUGGGCUGGUGCUCCUCGACGACCCACUGUCCGCCGUCGACGCCCAUGUCGGCCGCCAUAUCAUGGACAAGGCUAUCUGUGGCUUGCUGAAAGGGCGCUGCCGGAUUCUGGCCACACAUCAACUGCAUGUGCUCAGUCGCUGCGACCGCAUCGUUGUCAUGGACGAAGGACGCAUACAUUCCGUCGGGACAUUUGACGAGCUUUCUCGCGACAACGACGUUUUCAAAGCUCUCAUCUCGACGGCGUCGCAAGACACCAAAGAGGAUGCGGAAGAAGCCGCCGCAGAAGUAGAAGAUGACACAGAGAAGCAGGUCGAACAGAAGCCCGCCAAACCCGCGCCUGCCCUGAUGCAACGAGAAGAGAAAGCCACUGACUCGGUAGGGUGGGCUGUGUGGAAAGCAUACAUCCGAGCCUCCGGCCGCUUCGGAUACUUCAAUGCUGUUGCCAUCUUGUUCCUACUCGCUCUAUCCAACGUCGUUAGCGUGUGGUCGAACCUGUGGCUCUCCUACUGGACGUCCGAUCACUAUCCAAGUCUCUCGACAGGGGAGUACAUUGGAAUCUACGCCGCUCUAGGCGCCGGGACCGCCAUAUCGAUGUUUGCCUUUUCCACCUACAUGACUACGGCCGGGACGAAUGCGAGCAGGACGAUGCUCCAGCUCGCCAUGGCCCGGGUGCUGCGUGCGCCUAUGUCCUUCUUCGACACUACACCUCUCGGCCGUAUCACGAACCGCUUCUCCAAGGACAUCCAAGUCAUGGACAGCGAGCUCUGCGACGCAAUGCGCAUGUACGCCAUUACAAUCACAAUGAUCAUCUCCGUUAUGAUCCUCAUCAUCGUCUUUUACUACUACUUCGCCAUUGCCCUCGCACUACUGUUCAUCCUCUUCCUCAUGUCCAGUAAUUACUACCGGGCGUCCGCGCGCGAGCUCAAGCGCCACGAAUCCCUCCUCCGCUCGGCCGUCUACGCCCGCUUCAGCGAAGCCAUCGCCGGCGCAGCUUCAAUCCGCGCAUACGGCGUCCAAGACCAAUUCCGAGACAGUCUCCGCUCCUCCAUCGACCUCAUGAACGGCGCCUACUUCCUCACCUUCUCGAACCAGCGCUGGCUAAGCACGCGCCUCGAUGCCGUCGCCGUCCUCCUCGUCUUCGUCACGGGAAUCCUCGUCGUAACAUCCCGUUUCGACGUCUCCCCGAGCAUCUCCGGUCUCGUACUCAGCUACAUCCUCGCCAUCGCCCAAAUGCUCCAAUUCACCGUGCGGCAGCUCGCCGAGGUCGAAAACAACAUGAACGCCACCGAACGCUUACACUACUACGGCACGCAACUCGAAGAAGAAGCGCCCCUGCACACAUCAACCCAGGUCCCACCAACCUGGCCACAAACGGGCCAAAUCACCUUCUCCGACGUCGCAAUGCGCUACCGCACAAACCUUCCCCUCGUCCUCAAGAACCUCAGCAUGCAUAUAACUGGCGGCGAACGCAUCGGGAUAGUCGGGCGCACCGGCGCCGGAAAGUCAAGCAUCAUGUCCGCGCUGUUCCGCCUAACAGAGCUAUCAGCAGGAACGAUCACAAUCGACGACGUCGACAUCGCGAAGAUCGGGCUCCAGGACCUCCGCUCCAGACUCGCGAUUAUCCCACAGGACCCAACGCUCUUCCGCGGUAGUAUUCGCUCGAACUUGGAUCCGUUUAACGAACACACCGAUCUCGAACUAUGGGAUGCCCUACGGCAGGCGCGUCUCGUUGACUCUCCCUCAACCCCAGCUUCAAAUUCAAAUCCAGAUCUCGAUCUCGAUCCAGAAAUCAAAGACAGCGGUGCCGGUACCGGCACAGGCACGAAAUUAACACUCGAUACCGCCGUCGACGAAGAAGGGUUAACAUUCUCGCUUGGUCAGCGACAGCUGAUGGCUCUCGCGCGUGCACUGGUGCGCAACGCGAGGAUAAUCAUCUGCGACGAGGCGACGUCGUCUGUUGACUUUGCGACGGAUCAGCAGAUCCAGGAGACAAUGGCGCGGGGAUUCCAGGGGAAGACGCUGCUGUGUAUUGCGCACCGGCUGCGCACGAUUAUUCACUACGAUCGGAUUUGUGUUAUGGAUCAGGGGUCCAUCGCGGAAAUGGACUCACCGUUGAGGCUGUGGGAGAGGGAGGAUGGGAUAUUUAGGGCUAUGUGUGACAGGAGUGGGAUUUCGAGGGAAGAUAUUUCCGGAGAAAAGUUGGAAUAA